AUGUCACUGGCAGACCUGGAGGAGGUGGCAGGGGAGGAGGAUGAAGCCGAAGGCUCCAAAGGAGCAGGGGAGCUCUUGAUUGAGGAUGUGAGGGAGGAGCUGGAGGCCAUGGAGUCUGUGCAGAGCACUGCCAAGCUCUGGGGGUCCAAGGCUUUUGCUGAGAUCACGCAGAAAAUUGAGGAAUACAUUGGGGAACAGCCCAGGGCAGCUGAAGUUUUGGGACCAGUGCAGGCGUCCCCCAAGUACCAGCUGAUCAUGGAUGCAAACAGGCUCAUGGUGGAGACUGAGAACAAGCUCAACAUCAUCCACAAGUUCAUAUGGGACAAAUAUUCCAAACAGUUCCUGGAGCUAGAUUCACCGGUGCCCAACCGAACUGUCAAUGAAUUGGGGAAUUCCCUGGAUAAAUGCAAGAACAACAAGAACGUGCAGCAGAUCUUGACCAAUGCCACCAUCACAGUGGCCAGCAUGACGGCCUCCACCACCCAGGGGCAGCAGCUGUCAGAGGAGGAGCUGGGCAGGAUUGAGGAUGUGUGUGGCCUGGCACUGAGCAGGGCCAAGCUGCUCAUCUACGAGUAUGCAGAGUUCUGCAUGUCCUUCAUCGCCCCCAACCUCUCCCUCAUCCUCGGGGCCUCCUUGGCUGCCAAGAUCAUGGGGGUGGCAGGGGGACUGACCCCGCUGUCCAAGCUGCCGGCCUGCAACCUCCUCUUGCUGGGGGCCCAGUGCCGGACACUGUCCGGUCUCUCCUCUACCUCCAUCCUGCCCCACACCAGCUUCAUCUACCACAGCAAUGUCGUCCGAUCCCUGCCUCUGGAUUUGAGGAGAAAAGUGGCACGGCUCGUGGCAGCCAAGUGCAUACUGGCAGCCAUGGACAGCUUCCAUGAGAGACAGGACAGGAAGGUGGGCUGUGGGCUGAAGGAGGAGAUCAAGCCCAACUCAAAGUGUCAGGAGCCCGCCCCAGUGAAGCUGCUGCCGGUGCCGCUGGACAGGCUGAGGGUGAAGAGGGAGGGCUGGCAGUACCAGAAGAUGAAGGAACACUUGGAGCUGAUGCAGAUCCACAAACAGGCCAACAGGAUGAACGUCUGGGAGAUUGAGGAUGACCCCUACCAGGAGGACCUCAGGUUCAGCCUGGGCUACCUGGGCAAGGCCAGCAAUGGCGAUGUACGCCAAACCCAGGUCAACGAGGCCACCAAGGCCUGGAUCAGCAAAGUCCUGCAGAGGACCCUGCAGAAGCAGAGCGUCAUCUAUGGGGGCAAUUCCACAAUCCGGGACCACAGUUCAGGCACGGCCCCGAGCGUGGCCUUCACUCCCCUGCAGGGGCUGGAGAUCAUGAACCUGCAAGCAGCAGAGAAGAAAGAGGCUGAGGCCAGCCUGAAAUAUUUCUCCAGCAUGGCCAAGUUUCUCAAGGUCAAGGGGAACAAAAAUGGGAACCCCAUUCCCCUGACCCCACUGAGAUACCCAAAUCCCACCCUGCAACCUCCAAAUUCUUGA